UUAACUUUAGAUUAUUAAAUUUGAUUUUUUUUCAAAGAUAUGAUGCUGAUAUUAUUAUUGCUUCAUUACAAACUACAUAAUUAUUUUAAAUUUUAUUCUGCUUUUUCUGUUAUUUUUUUAAAAAUUUGCUUGAGUUUUUUUUCCUGUCUAAUAAAAAAGGCAUUUGCACACAGCUCGGUUGUAGGCAAGAGGUCUUAUGAAGUUAUGGCCCACAAUUUUAUUAUGCAUUGUGGUCCUAAUUGUACAACUCUUGCAUAUUAGUGUUCAUAUUUGGCAAUACAAACUUGACUAUAAAAAAAAUUUUGCAGACUCUUACAUUUACUCAAUAUCUUCAACAUUUCGGUGGGAGAAAUAUUGUUUUGCUGCAUUUGGAUCAUCAAUGGAAUAUCAUCCUACAAUAUAAUCUGAUCAUAAUACAGUAGAAAAUUAUGAUAACGCAAACCUUGAAAGCUGGGGCUUUGCAUUUUAUUAAAUUUAGUGUUAUGUAGAUCAUUUCACUUAUUUUUAAACCUACCUAUUAAAUAUGGCGAUAUUUGUCUAGAACAAAUCAAUCUUAAAAUUUUGAGGAAUAAUUUUUAAAUACAAUAACUUAAAUAUGCAAAAUAUGCUCUUAAGUAAUAGAAAAAAUAAUAAAUUUUCUGCCACAUUCGAACUAGCGACAAACAAAUAAAUCAAUUUUGGCAUUAAUCUUUCUUUUAAAACAUUAAUCAUUUUAGAGUUCGAAAAUUAAGAGUUCCUACAUCUAAUGAAAUAUUCCAAUAUAUUGAAUGAACUUUUCUUGUCAGUUCAGCAAAUAAAUUAUUUAUUGUUAGGUAUAUGUUGUGUGACACCAUCUGCAGAAUCCUAAUUUCUGCAUGUAGCACAUUUGUAAUCCAAAUAAUAGUUAUAUUGAAAUUCACCUUCUAAAACAGGAUUACCUAAUUAUUCUUUUUCCCUUCAAAGGGAAAAUGUGUCAUGGAAACCUAAAGAGGAGGGCACCUCAAAACUAGUUGACAGAGACACCAUUCACCCUCAUAAAUAAAUAAAUCCUCCUCAUUUCAGAAAAUAAAAUGUAAAAAAUUUUAUUUUUGUGUUAUUUUUGAACUCAAUAUAAAUUUCUCAAUUUUGUUAUUGUCAAAUAUAAUUUUUUAUAAACCAGAGUAGCAUGAUCUGCUAGGGAUGAAAGAGUAUUAAGAAGAGUACUUUUUCCUGCUUAUUCUUGUAUAUUUAAUACUUUUUUUUAAAACCUUAUUAAAAAGAAUGAUGAAAGUGGCAUGUAUUUAGUGACUAUUAUAUGUAACCUUUUCAUUACAGUUAUGGAUUCACCAGGUGACAGAGAUGACAUUUUGAUGAGGCAAACAGGUACUUUAAUAAAGUUUCCUGUUCAGACUAAUUUAGGGCAUAAAAAGAUAAAAAAGGAAAAAGAUAACCUCCAUCCUGAAGUUUAUGUUGAUGAGUUACAUACUGCUAAUCAGACUAAUUUAGGGCAUAAAAAGAUAAAAAAGGAAAAAGAUAACCUCCAUCCUGAAUUUUAUGUUGAUGAGUUACAUACUGCUAAUCUAUCAUCCAUUCCUACUCAAGAUAGGCCAAUUUCUAAUCAAGAAGUUCAAACUGUAAUAGGAGAAAGUACUUCAUCUCAGAAGAGGUCAGAGAUUCAGAUACGAACCAGAUUUCCUCCUCCUCUUUCUCCCAAAAUUAUUAUUGUACCACCACCAAGUACUUGUUGCAAUCAGGAUAACAGGUUAGGAACCAAUGCAUUGCCUUCUUUACAGCAAGAAACUGAAUCUGAAUUACCAGUAAACAGUGAGAAUUUUGAACUAGCAUCUAGUGCUUCAACUAACAACCCUAUGUUACUUCCCCAGCAAGAAAUUCAUUCUGAAGUAUCAACAUGCUCUAUGAGUAGUCAAAGGUCCGGUUCAUCAACUGUACCUGCUAACAACUAUACAACUAUUGUAACAACUAUACCUGCUAGAAAUUUGAGUGUUCAGAAUACUGGGUCAACAUGUGCUUCAACAACCAUGGCACCAUCUCAAAGUAACUUUGCAUCUUAUUCAAGUAGUUCUCAGAAUCCUAUACCUGAAAACAACUUGAAUGGUCAGAAUACUAGACCAACAGUUACUUCGGCAGAAGGUGGUGCCCUGGCAGUGUUUCAGUCCCCUCAAAGUAGCUUUCCACCAGAUGCAAAUAUUUUGAGUUUUCAAAAUGCCAUCUAUCCAAGCUCUCAAAAUUUAGUUCCACCUCAUCCUUGUAAUUUGAGUUUCCAGAAUUCGGCAUUAGAUGUUAGCUGUGCUUCUACAUCAGGUGCUACAGUAGCUUCAAAUGCUGAUCUUGCCGAUUCUCAGUAUCAUCAUCAUUCACCGGAAAAGAAAAAAUCUUCUAUCUGCCCUUAUUGUAACAAAGAUUGCCAACAUCCAUCUACUUUAAAGCAUCAUAUUCUCAAGCAUACUAAGGAAAAACCAUUUAUUUGCAAAUAUUGUGCGAGAGCUUUUAAAAGUCAAGGGGCCAGACAUAAUCAUAUUCGCCGUUAUCAUAAAGAAAAUCAAGGGUCUUCUGUAGAUCAUCAUGAUGAUCAGAAUUUGAUUUGAAAUCAGAAAAUUAGUUUAACGUUAGUUUUUUUUCUUCCAAGUUUUGAAUAACCGGAAAAAUUUGUCCAAAAAAUUUUCUUGUUUUUAGUUCAAAUUAAUUUGCAUAAACUAAUAUAUAUAGGGCACCCACUAGUCAGGGAAAACCUGGAAUUGUCAGGGAAUUUUAUUUUAGCUCUAAAAAGAUGGGAAUACUCAGAGAACGUCUCAAUUAUGUUAUAAAAAACCUGGAAAAUUCCUAUAUCAUAUUUAGAAAAUAACCUGUCUUAGAAUUUUCAGUAACAGUAAUCAGUUAUUUAGAUUGGAGUUAAAUAAUUCUAACGUCUAUUAGAAUUAUUUAUAAAAUUUGACUUUUUAGUGAAACUUUUCCAUGUUUCCACUCUCAUUAUAUUAUAUGAUUUUGCUCACACAAUCUAACAUUUGACAUUACAAGAAAAAAGUUGUUUGAUGAAAAAUUGCAUGGUAUAAAU